GCAGCCCUGGCCGCCCCGCCCCCUUUGCAGCUGCUGUUGGCGUCCCCACCCCGCUUGCUCGGCCCUUUCUGCACUGUCAUCUGCCCCGGUGAAGCUCAACUCUGGAGUGGGGCCGUCCGAAGCGCUCCGGACCACAAGCCGGACUCCACCCAGCAGGGAGGGAAAGGAAACAGAUUGGGCAGAAUACGGUGCCUCACCACCAGCAGCGGAGCUCGAAGCCCGAACAUGGGCAACGUGCAGGAGCGGCCAUCGGAGACCAUUGACCGGGAACGGAAACGGCUGGUAGAUACGUUGCAGGCUGACUCUGGGCUGCUGCUGGACGCGCUGGUGGCCCGGGGCGUGCUCACCGGGCCUGAGUAUGAAGCCUUGGAUGCGCUGCCUGAUGCAGAGCGCAGAGUGCGCCGCCUGCUGCUGUUGGUGCAGAGCAAGGGCGAGGCAGCUUGCCAGGAGCUACUGCGCUGUGCCCAGCAUACUGUGCGUGUGCCAGACCCCGCCUGGGAUUGGCAGCACGUGGGGCCUGGCUACCGGGACCGCAGCUAUGACCCUCCAUGCUCAGGCCACUGGACGCCUGUGGCACCCAGUUCAGGGAUCACAUGUCCUGAGCUGCCCAGAGCUUCAGAGCAAGAGGAGGUCGGAGGUCCUGAGGGCUCUGAGGCAUUGCAAUCUGGAACUCCAGAGGAGCCAGAACUAGAAGCUGAAGCCUCUGAAGGGGAUGAACCGGACCUGGAACAACAAACGGAACCAGAACCGGAACCAGAGCCAGAGGUAGAACCAGAGCCUGAACUAGAACCGGAGCCGGAGCCGGAGCCAGAGCCAGAGCCGGAGCCGGAGGAGCCUGACUUCCAAGAAGAUGAGUCUGAAGAUUCCUGAACGCCAGAAUCCUGACCUGUACAAAUCCUAUCCAAGCUGGAUAAGACCUGGGAACCUGCCAGAGCUGGACCCAAUGCACCAAGACUCCAUUUACUGCAAAAUGAAUAAACUUGGGAGGGUUAGCCUGGA